AUUCUCGCGUUACAUCAGUAUCAUUCGUGCAGUGACCAGCCGAGCGCUCACACCGUUUUCGUGCUUCUCGCAGAUCGUGUAAACAAACCGGCAAAAUGGCUGCUAUAUCUCUCAAUCACCCGGCUGUGGAGUCCUACAUUGUAUAUUCAGCUAUACUGGCACUGAAAUUGCUGGCCAUGGCGCUGUUGACGGCAUUCUCGAGGAUAACACGGGGCGUGUACGCGAACCCUGAGGACGCGAAGAUGUCGAAAGGAAAGGUGAAGUUUGACGAUCAAGUGGUUGAGCGUGUUCGUCGGGGGCAUUUGAAUGAUCUGGAGAACAUUCCUGCCUUCUGGGUGCUGGGGGCGCUGUACCUGACGACGAACCCAGCGGCGGCGUGGGCGACGCUACUGUUCCGCGCGUUCACUGCCGGCCGGGUCCUCCACACCAUCGUCUACUGCGUGGUGCCGCUGCCGCAGCCGGCGCGAGCGUUCGCCUUCUUCGUGCCAUACUUAGUCAAUAUGUACAUGGGCUGGCAAAUCGUCCUGUAUUACAUCACAGCUUUUACAAGUGAUCCAGUGUGGAAAUCCUUCAUGGUUCAUUCAAGCGUUCUAGCCGUCAAAGUACUGGUUAUGGCGCCGCUGACGGCUAGAUACAGAUAUAAAAAGAAAGUGUUUGCUAACCCAGAAGACAUCGCUCUCGGUGGAGGAAAAGGGAUGCUGAAAUACGAUGACCCUGAUGUGGAAAGAGUACGCCGCGCGCAUCUCAACGACCUCGAGAAUAUACCUGUGUUUUGGGUGUUGGGGGCCCUUUAUCUGACGACCGACCCGUCGCCCAACCUAGCUGUGUGGUUAUUCCGCACGUUCACCGUGGGCCGUAUCCUCCACACCAUAGUAAUGGCGGUGAGACCCGUGCGCCAACCAGCGAGAGCCAUCGCCUACCAAGUAUCCAACACGGUCACUUGGUUUAUGGGCAUCAAAGUGAUCAUGCAUUAUUUCUCGGCCUUGUGAAGUGAUUACCGGACUGAAUAGUGAUUCUAGAAACCUCUACCGAUAAGACAUUGCUGUGUCAUGAUCAUAAUCCAAGUAUCAAAACGAGUUAUUCGGAAAACGAAUGUGUUAUUUAUUGAUAAUAACAUGGUGCGAGUCUUGUGUCAAAUUAUAUCAGAAAGAUAAUUUGAUUAUUAUGCUGAAUAUUAUAAAGUCGUUAUUUACAUACACCUGCUUAUUAGAUUAUAAUUAAUAUAUUAUGAUAGAAGUAUUAACAUUAUUAAUAAAAUAAUUAUGAAAGUUUAUUAAAGUUCGUAAUUUUGCUGUACCUACACGUAUCUACUGUUGAAAGUUAGAUAGCUAGUGUAAUGAAAUGCAGAAACUUGUUGAAUUACUCACACAUGUACAUAUGCGUUAUACUAUGUAGUGUAUCUACUCCGAGCAUACAAAGCAACGAACCGAACAAAUCAAAGUUCAUUUUUACGCUUAAAUAAAAGUUAGGUAAACCCGACUACCGUGUCGUAUUUUGGCAAAGUUUUCUAUCGCACCCGAAAACGACUAGUUUACGAGGGGCAAGUAAUUGAGUGCAAAGACCAUAAAGGAUGUAUUUUAGUUUAUAGGUUGGGCAGCCAGCUAUAACUCGAGUCCACUGUGCGCUAGCAGUAAACACAUUUCUUUAAGCCGUCGCCCUCCCUACGGCUUUAUUCCAAAAGCCAUUCGUAGGCUUUACGGCCGCCAUUCGUUUCACAUUAUUACUUCGUUAUUGCAAAGAACCACAUUUUGAAUUUUAACGCAAAUACAAUAUUAAAUACCUCUACAAUAUUAAAUUAAGUACUUAUGAAUUCAUUUAUUGCAUUAAUAUGCUUUUGCAAAUCGUUGUUUCGCUUUAUAUGUUAUCGUGACAGCUUGUUCAUGUCCUAGUGAACAAUAUCAAUAAGAAACCUAUAAAUACUAUUAAGUGUAAUUAUUAAUAAUAUAAUUUUAACAGUA